AUGCCGAAACGUACGGCUGAAGAAAAGAUUGAGAAAUACCAGAGAAAAAUUAGGAAGUUAAAUAAACGUGUUAGAAGAAUAGUGACGUCGUCAGAAUCGUCGGACGAAAGUAAAGAUGAACAUCCUCCAGUAGUGGAGUCAGUGGUAUCGGUUCCGGAAGAUUUACCGGAAAUAGAGAAUGAGGAAGCGAUGGAGCUACCUACCAACGACAUACAAGUAUCAAAUUUUCCUGAAUUAGAACCAGAAUUGCUUCAAGCACUAGGAGAGGACAAUAUAGAAGAACCCGAAUAUGGCGAAAGUAUUCAUGAUGAUUUGGCAAAGCGUUGGUUGCCUAUAAUUAAAAAAGGUUUGUCUAAAGAUAUUAAAGAAAAAUUGAACAAGGAAUACCUUGUCCCAGAAAAUUUUAAGCUUCUCAGGCCACCAACUUUAAAUACUGAGAUAAUUACAGCUUUAGCAGAGACGGUGAAAUCCCGGGAUAAGAAAUUAAAAACCAAUCAACAGCAGCUAGCUAUGGGCAUAACAGCUGCAAAUAAAGCUUUACACUUGUUGCUGUCAAACGGUGACAAAGCAGAGGCAGUAAAACACCUCAGUAACUGCUGUCGAAUUUUAUUAGACCUUCAUGCACUUGAAACAAAAUGGCGUAGAAUACUGGUUACGAUGUCACUAGACAAAUCGUUUCAACAAAUUGUUCAAGACUCGGAAAGAGAUGAUACAUUAUUUGGAAAUAAUCUAUCUGAGAAAAUCAGAAAUUCAAAAUGUUCUGAAAAACUAGGUUCACAAUUUAAGAAAACUCAACCACCUAAAUCUUUUCCUACUCAAACACACACCCGACCAGUAACAACCGGUCAGGGAAACUGCUUCAGACCUCGUCCCUCGACGAGCCGGGGAGGGGGACGAGGUGGCCAGAAGAGAACAGCUCCACCUCCACAGCGGCAACCACCAUCGUCAACGGCGAGGUCUUCGUACCAGAGCACGAGCAGGAGUCGUGCCCCAACGCGGCGA